AAUUUUUUUUCCAAAGCUGUAUGGCUGUACUAUGAGUCUUGCUACUGUAGGGACAGUACUGAUCUCAUGCUGGCUGAAUUAUGCUGAAUUAUAUUGUCCAGCUUUGUGUAAAUAUUUAAACAGUCCCUAAAAUCCAAUUCUGGUGAUGAACAUGUUUCGAGAAUCAAUACAAUUGUGAAUAACAUCUACAUAAAUAUGUAUUUGGACCUUUAAGAAGUUACUUAUGGAAGAAAAGGUGCUUUUUCUGUGGCAUCACUUAAAGAAUCCAUUUGUAUCACCUUUUUUAUUUUUACAGUGCAUUGUUUUUAUUGGUAGUGGCUACUGGAUUUAAGUUGGACAGGGAAAUUAAAGCAUUGCUUGUUAUUCACAGAUAGUGCUGCACUAUUGGAUUGCUGCACAGCUUCUGACACAAGAAGAAGAAAAAGAAGAAAUAAAGAAGUAUGCAUUCAUACCCAGCUCUGCUGUGCUCCUGUGUAGUGAGCAUCCUCGCUCUCUGUCAUGGACUGCCUCUCCCUGCAGAUACUAUGAGGAACUUGAUCAAACUGCAGGCUGAAAACAUCAGCGCCAGAAUCCAGAGGCAACGAGAUGAGCUGCCGAUAUUCCAUAAUUUGAUCCUGGACAGUCCCGAGCUGCUCCCCGAGCUGCCGUCUGAUAAGCCCAUCGAAGGCCUGACGUCUGUGGUGGAGACCCUCAGCGCCUUCCAGAGAGUCCUGCACAGCCUGCCCAAAGGCCACGUGACCCAGCUGCGCAGCGAUGUGUCCAAGCUGCAGAGUGACCUGGAGGAGAGGAUGAGCUCCCUGCAGUGUCCCCACAGGAAAACAUCCACUGAGAAGACCCUGGAGGCCUUCCUAAAGAACAAUAGAAUGUUCCACAUCACCCUGGGCCACGUAGCUUUGGACAGACUGCAGAAAUACUUACAGAGACUUACACACAACCUAGACAAGCUGAAGACCUGCUAGUAGAACCUCCUUCACGCUGUCUAUUUUAUUACAAUAUUUAUGCUAUUUAUUUAUGAUCACAUAUUUAUAGACCAAAGAACUCUUUUGUAACCGCUACGUUUUAAAAAUGUUUAUGAAUAUGUACUGUAUAUGUAUUUUAAAAGAAAUCUGAAAAGCUGAAACCUUCAGUGGCCAAGCCACCUACAAAGGAAGGGCAAAGUAUCUCUGACUGCAAGCCACGACUCCAAUCAGUAUUAACUUUCACACACACACAGCAAGCUGACCUCACCACCAGCCGAGCACGCUCAGUGAUGAUGUCACACCACCUUACCAGAAGACCUAUGACCGAUGAUGCUGGGAAGCACAAAUCCUCUCUCCCUGCCUGGAACACCAGCAUAUGCCCACUAUGGAUCAAGCACUUUUUGAUAUUACAUAUGUUCUAUGGAUUGUCAAUUAUUUAAUAUAGUAAAAUUGAAGGUUAUUUGCAGCUGUAAUUAUUUAUUGUAUAUGAUGUCAUUGAAAGCAGGUUGUAAAAUGCAUAUUUUUUAUAUAUAUAUAUAUAUUCGCAACUGCAGAUUUCACUGAAAUAAAAAGAAACCUUUCUAAGUCA